AUGUCCGCCGGCAGGGAGACUACGGUGACCAGGGUGUCCGGCCUGCAGAGGAGGACGGCCGUGGAGCCGCAGCCGAGGCAGGUCCCGAUAAGCAAGGUGUUGGCGGAAGCGAGAGAGGGGGACGAGGAGGAGGAGGAAGAGGCUGACGAGGCGGCCUCGAGCGGCCCUUCGCCCCCGCCGCGCCGGCAGCGUAAGUGGGCCCGUUAUGCAUACGGGGCGUUCGGCGUCGUGUGCGUGCUCGCCCUGGUGGGCACGAGGAUCGUCCUCCCGCGCGCCCAGGUGGGAGGGUACGGGCUGUGGAGGGCGGCUCUGCUGCUGAACGUGGCGGUGUUCUCCUUCGGGCUGUUCAC